GAGGUGUACAAUUUUGUCUCUGGCUCCUCAGUCAACAAGUCCAGCGACCUGUUCGCCAAUGAAACCUGCAACGUGUCCACCAACGAUUCGAUGUUCUGCUCGCCAGCGGAUGACAGCGCGCCAGCCACCAGUCCGUAUAAGGCGGUGGAGAUGUUUUUUAUUGCCUUGGUCACCGGCUCACUUAGCCUUGUGACUGUCACAGGAAACAUUUUAGUCAUGCUCUCCAUCAAGGUCAACCGCCACUUACAAACUGUCAAUAACUAUUUCUUGUUCUCAUUGGCAUGCGCUGACCUGAUCAUUGGGAUCUUUAGCAUGAAUUUGUAUACAGUUUAUAUCAUCGUCGGACACUGGCCACUCGGACCCGUGGUCUGUGACCUCUGGCUGGCUUUAGAUUACGUGGUGUCCAACGCAUCGGUGAUGAACCUGUUGAUUAUCAGUUUUGAUCGCUACUUUUGUGUGACCAAGCCGCUCACGUACCCUGCGAGAAGGACGACAAAGAUGGCGGGCUUGAUGAUUGCGGCGGCCUGGAUCUUAUCCUUCAUCCUUUGGGCCCCUGCCAUCUUGUUCUGGCAGUUCAUUGUUGGGCAGAGGACAGUGCCACCUGGAGAAUGUUACAUUCAGUUUCUGUCAAACCCUGUGGUGACAUUUGGCACAGCUAUAGCUGCGUUCUAUCUCCCAGUCAUAAUUAUGACCGUGCUGUACAUCCAUAUCUCGCUGGCAUCCAGGAGCAGGGUUUCCAAACAUAAACCUGACAAAAAGGAGAAGAAAGGCUCAAAAGCACCCGGUCUGACUAAGAGCCACAUGCUAAAGCAGAACAACAACAAUGAAAGCAGUCCUCGAACCAGUCCGCGCUUGACACCCAAGAUGAGUUUGGACUCAACAACAACUGUUGAUGAGGCUGUGAAGAAUGGCAGAGUGGGUGCAGCCAAAGCAGAUGGACAACAGACGCCGGCUCAACCCAGUCCAGGGCUCACAACACAGGAGGAAAAGGAGAGCUCCAAUGAUUCGUCCACAGCUUUUAUUCCCCCAACAGAACCAAAGGCCAACAACGAUGUGAUACCUGAGGCUCCAACUAAUUCCAACCCCGUUACAGCAAGUUUGACAAAUCCCUCCAUGUCCAAAAUCAAUUCGAGGUGGUCCAAGAUAAAGAUUGUGACCAAGCAGGCUGGGGAUGAAUGCAUCACUGCUAUCGAGAUCGUCCCACCGGUGGAGGGCGCUGAGAGGCACUCUAUCCCCAUCAGCCGCCCCAGGACGGUCGCAAGGAAGUUUGCGAGCAUCGCUCGGAGCCAAGUGAAGCGGAAAAGACAGAUGGCCGCCAGAGAAAAGAAGGUGACCAAGACGAUCUUUGCCAUCUUGCUUGCUUUCAUCAUUACUUGGACCCCCUACAACGUCAUGGUGCUGAUCUCCACCUUCUGCCAGUCGUGUGUUCCCGACACCGUGUGGGCCAUCGGGUACUGGCUCUGCUACGUCAACUCCACCAUCAAUCCGGCUUGUUACGCCCUUUGCAACGCCACCUUCAAAAAGACUUUUAAGAACCUGCUACUGUGCCAAUACAAGAACAUCGGCACAAGAUGA